AUGGGGGACUGUCUCCAGGCGAGAGCCCUUUCUCCGUUCCACCAGGGUGAGUCACGCCGGCUGCGGACGGACUUCCCGUGCGGCGUGGCGCCCGACACGCCCGAGGUGCGGAGGCUGCAGGAGCGGAUCUUGUGCACGCUGCAGAUCUCGGCCGGGUGCCGGCUGCCGGAGCUCCAGGAGCACGCCCAUGCCGUGGCCCUCGCGAUGAGGUCGGCGGUGGAGGAGCUGACGCAGAGGCAGCAGGAGCGGCUGCGGCAGCAGCCGCAGCGGCACCAGCAGCUGAGGGCCGGCCUGCCCUCGAGGCGCCGCAAGGAGAACUGCAGCGAGAAUGCAGGUCGGCGGCUCCCCCGGGAAGGGGUGGUCGCGAAGGGGGGCGCAGGCGGCUUCCCGGAGGGUCCUGGCCGGCCCGGGUCCUGGGCCGACCUGGGUCAGUGCGUCCCCGAGCCCUAA